AUGGAGUCUGAGAACGCAAACGAGGUGAAACUCAAGAUUUUCGAUUUUGAGCAGAAUACUGUGGACCCAAAUGUUUCGCCGGAAUACACGACUUCCUGUUGCGCUCUGUUUAUUGCUGAAGAAAUUGCAGAGUUCAGUGGGUGCCAGAACUUGUUCGGACGAGCAAGCGACCUCUGGAGGGAUCGACUUUUGGCUUGCAGGAGGACUUGGGCCAGAAUUGGCGCCGGUGAUGGCGCUCUUCCGCAAUAUCUCUUGGGGGAGAAGGGUUUCCCGACAGACCUGGCAACCGUGGUGUGCGCGGAGGAGCUCAUGGAGCAUCUCCUUACUCACACCCCCCCGUUCAGCGUUGCGUGCACGGCACCAAAGAAGGACAAGCCGAAGGGGACGACUAUAGCCGUGGAUAACACAUUCGGAAUUUUUGUCGGACGCCAAGUGUUUGUGGUGGAUUCUCACAGGCAUUCGCGCGGACAAGAGGGCAUGUGCUUGGCAAUGACUGAAGAGGUAGACUUCGUUGCUUUGUCCAAGUGGGUAUUCAAUGUGUUCUUGCCUCUUUCGGGAUGCGCAGUAGACCAUCCCGACUUGUGUUUUCAUGAAGUGAAAGCGCACGCCAGUAGCGCCGAGAGCACCCCAACCCAAGACGCGUCAGGCUCGGCAGCCAUUGGUGGCGCAGUGCCGAGCGCUAGCCAGGAUGAUGGUGCCCCUACCAUUGGCGCGGCUGCCAACGUCUGGAAGAUGCGCCGUAUACGUGUCAAAUCGAGAGGCCAAUUGUUUCCAGUGACGCAUUCCGCAGCAGGUGUCAUUGGGCGCAUCACUGACGAGGCCACAGCCGGGGAGGUCUUCACCGAGCGCGUGCGUUCCGAGGCGCAGGAGUAUCUCUCGCAGGUGCGCGAGGCCACGGUUCGGAGGGCGUGUGCUGCAGCGGGAUGGGAGUGCAUGUUAUGCCCCUUCAAGUCGCUCGCGAAGGUGAACCACCUGGCAGCCCAUGUGACAAAGCAGCACGAGGGCGGCAUGAAGCACCCCAUCCGCAACUUCGUCAACUUUUCUCGGCACCUGUUCGACUCUUGCACAUCCAAGCCAGCGCCAUGGGAUCUUCUGAAGCCAGGAGGAGCCAGUGGAGUUUGUCGACGGGCGCACAGCGGUUGGAAGGCUUUGGUGCGGGAGCGCCCCCUGGCCGACACCGCGCGCGCUGUGCGAGCCUGGAACACAGGCGUCAAUCGUCCCGAAGCCUUGAAGCGGGGAUGGUACCGUGAAGAUUUCCGAUCCUUGAUCACCGAAAAGGGUGGGCGAUUGCUGCUUCGGAAUCAUCCCGAGCAUGUGUGUGCGCGGUGCGCAUCACUUCGAAUACUGCUGUCUCUCAGGGGUAUAUCUGUGCUAACCAGCGUUCGAACGCGCGCGCCCCGCGCAGGCACGGCGGCGGCUAUAUCGGAAGCUGCAUACGCGGGCGCACGCGCAGGGUUACAUCGCCGCCAUAGUUUCUGCGCAGCUCGAGGGGGGCUGCGACCUGAUCCUGCUGCGCGAGGACGAUGCAGAGCACACAGAACGGCAGGGCAAGGGGCUCGCGGCCAGAGACAGGGAGCGCUUGCACCGCGAGGGAGAGAAGGCACGCAAGGCACGCGUGGCGCAGGCUCGCGGCAUCUCUUUCUUGUACCCACGGAGCGGCGACGGCUUCGCAGCACGAGCAGUUGCGCGCGCGCGAACAUUCCAGUCCAGGAGGUUGAAUUCGUUGGGACGGCCAGAACAGAAGAAGGACGCAGAACGGUCCAGGAAGUGGAAGCAGGAUAA